GAGGAGUCGUCAGUGUUUCUCACACCAAAAUAACCUUACGUUCGGGAAUGGCUUUCACAUUCGCUGCCUUUGCUUACCUCAUUGCGCUGAUUGCUGUAGCAUUUUGCAUAUUUUUUGCGAUCUACACGGUAAUCUGCAUUGAUGAGCUGAAGACAGAUUAUAAAAAUCCUAUAGAGCAAUGUCGGAACCUCAAUCAGUUGAUUCUGCCGGAAUAUGCGAUACAAAUGACAUACACGUUUCUCUUCAUUAUCAGUUGGCAGAUGUUCGCAACUCUAAUGAACCUUCCGCUCGCAUUCUAUCAUAUCGCCACAUACAUGCGACGCCCUGUCAUAUCUGGCCCCGGCAUCUACGAUCCAACUACGAUUCUCAACCGCAAUGAAUUGAGCGCGGCUCUUCGCGCUAGCUGGGCUAAGCUUGCUUUCUAUUUGCUAUCGUUCUUCUACUACCUCUACGCUUUGAUUUACACGUUGGUGACAUCAAGUGCAUAGGCAGAACCAUGUUGCGAACGGAGCAUAGAUGUCCCCCUGCCAUAUCUCGAAAUUUGCCCAUCCAGAGAUCUGACAUUUGUUCUCUUUUCUUCUUAAAAUGAUACUUAUUUAUACUUGCUGUAUUUAAGUGUAUGCGCUUAAAAUCACUUUUCAGCUGUUGAUUUGAGUUUACCUGUGACCAGUACUUGUAGUAGUCUUGUUUGUGUGAUCGUUUUGAUAAAUUGUUUUUUUCUU